AUGGUGGUUGAUCAAAAUGCCAUCGAUGGCAUCGUUAGCGCCGAGCAGGCGAUGUAUGGACCAUUCUUUGGAAGUCUUGGAGUGACUGCAGCCAUGGCUUUUGCCGCCGCAGGAUCAGCAUAUGGGACCGCCAAAGCUGGAACGGGAAUAGCUUCUAUGGCUGUUGCUAGACCGGAUCUUGUCAUGAAAGCUAUCAUUCCAGUCGUCAUGGCCGGUAUUGUGGCCAUCUACGGACUUGUGGUUGCUGUCAUUGUUUCCGGAAAAGUUGAGCCAGGAGGUGUAAACUACACUAUCAAUUCGGGAUUCUCUCAGUUUGCCGGAGGUUUAGUUUGUGGAGUUUGUGGACUUGGAGCUGGAUACGCAAUUGGAAUCGCUGGAGACGCGGGAGUGAGGGCCCUCUCACAACAACCGCGCAUGUUCGUCGGAAUGAUCUUGAUUCUCAUUUUCGCCGAAGUUUUGGGUCUCUACGGUAUGAUCGUCGCUCUUAUUCUCGGAGCUACCUAA